UGCUGAGGGAAGGAACGACCUCGAAUUGCCAAGCGCUAUGAGAGAAGUGGCUUCAGCGGGUUCUUGGCUCCGGUCAGGGGGCCUCUUCCGCUAAAGAGCCGCUACACCCCGCCAUUCCGCAGCGGCCCGCUCGGGCCAUACACGCCAGACAAUGACCGACGAUCGACUCCCCGAGAUCCGAGUAGUAACCAUGGAAACAUCCAUUGAGGUCGUCAUCUCACAACAUCACUAGCACCCGAACGUAACGUGGUGGAUCAAUCACAGCCGACACAACUACCGGACCUCUCCAUUCCGAGGAAUUUGAAAACAUAACCGACUACAGGAAGCCGAGCACAGGGCAGGAAGGUUACUACGACAACACGAUGGCCCCGCUUACUGAUGAAGAAUGGGCCGACGUUGUCUCCCAUGAGCUCCCGAAGACGUCUGACCCGGUCAUCCAGAAGUUUCUCCAAAGCCGCAACGCUCUGAUUGCCGAAGAACAGAAGCACCGCAGCGACUAUUCCUUCCGCCAGGCCCUGUCACCCAUCUCUAAGAAGGCCUGCGACAUUGUCUCCAGGAUUUGCCGCGAGGAGAGGGGAACAAACAAUGCAACCGUGCCAAGGGCGACUACCAAGUCAUGGCAAAUCAUUCGACGCAUGCCCAAGGGGGCGCUGCUCCGUGCCCAUUGUCACGCUCUUGUCGACAUCGACCACCUCAUCGACGCCACUAUGGGCACUGCAGGCAUGCACAUCUCCUGCACCGACGGACAUCUUGCCACCGAGGCGACCAGGAAAGAAGGGUGUAUCCGCAUCCAAUUCAGGGGCAAGGCGGAUUCGGAAACCUGUUCGCUCUGGACCAACGACUACAAGCCCGGUAGCUUCAUCCCCUUGACCAAAGCGGCAGGCAGUUUUCCUGAAGGGGGCAAGGAGGGAUUCGUCGAGUUCCUCAAAGGCCGGUGCAGGAUUUCUCGACAGGGUCGUGGUUCCGGCGAUAUCUUGGCGGCAUUCUCCAGGUCUUCCGAGCUUAUAGGCGGUAUGCUCUAUUACGAACCCAUAUGGCGAGCAUUCCUCCAGCGUUUAGCGUCAAAUCUGGUCCAAGAUGGCAUCCACUGGGCUGAGUUACGUCUUACCUUCCCAUUAGCUUAUUACCGAGAAGGGUCAGAGAGACCCGACCGAGACUACGACCAUAUGUUCCAUGUCAUCGGGGAGGAAGUGGCAAAGUUUCGGGCAACCGACCUCGGUAAAUCAUUUCAAGGACUACGGAUCAUAUGGUCGGCGAGGCGUGGCCAGGAUCCGCGGUCGAUCAUUGAGGACGCCGACAACUGUAUCGCGACCAAGCUUUUACGGCCGGACUUGGUGGCCGGCUACGACCUUGCUGAUUCGGUGAACUACGAAAGCUCGCCGGUGGACCUUCUUCCGGCGCUCUUCUGGUUCCGCAAGCAGUGUGCUCUCGAGAGGGUGCAGAUCCCCUUUUUCUUCCGCGCAGGUGGAUACCUCGACGAUGACGGCGAUAACGGCAACGGCUCAGACUCGGACAGCAGCCUCUUCGAUGCCCUGCUGCUUGGGGCCAGGCGAAUUGGGAAUGCCCCAUCUCUGUACAGACACCCACGCCUAAUUGAGGCCGUCAAGGACAAGCGCAUCCUGGUGGAGACCUGCCCAACACUCGACGAGAUCCUCGAUCCAACACCAGGCAGCAUCAAGUUCCAUCCUCUUCCAGCUUUGCUGGCGCAGGGCGUGCCUUGCGCCCUGUGCUAUGACCACUCUGAAAUCCUUUCUGAACAUGGGGGUGGCCCGCGGAUGACCAACGUCUUCUGGCAUGUCCUGCAUGCCCGCGACGGCUUGGGUCUGGCGGGAUUAGGUUCACUGGCCGAGAAUAGCGUGCGCUGGGCUACGUUUGAGGAUCAGGAUGCCGAGGCGUGGGUACGCGAUAUUCGGGCAGCAAGCGUGGGGGCAGGAAUCAAGGCAGCUCGAUUACAGAAAUGGGCUGUCGAAUGGGAACGCUUUUGCUUGUGGAUCGUCACGGAGUACGGCGAUGCAUACGGCGCCGAGCAAUGAUGAAGAAACUGGCCCGCUGAGUUGAGGAAUGGUCGGUCGGUCGAUCUCGGCAACCGAAAAGUGGCAUCGAAAGCGCUAAAAGUGGAGCCUGAGCCGUGGUUGACCACCGCCGUUGACUGGCACAUGCCUACUGCACCACACGCAGUAACUACCUGGUACGUGACCUGAUUCUGAUGAGUCGGUACGUGGUGAUCGUUGCAACCACCAGAGCCACGGCGCGGUUAUCUUGUCGGUCUUUCAGGGUUUGUCUUCCUGGUUCUGCAGUCCCAUCUUCCUGCUUGUCGGGUUAACUAGUUGCAUGCAGGUGCAUUGGUGGCGCAAUUCUG